AUGAGCGCGAGCGACUCCCGAGCAUCAGUAAAUGUGGAGACUCACCAUGAGGAGGACAGUGAGGAUCCCGAAUGCUUCUGGACAAUGGGAUUUCGCUUUAAGAGCUCAGUAGAGAUUCAGAGAUUCAGAGAUUCACACCUGAUAAUGUUUCAUUCAGAACUGAUUUAUGGCCGGUCUCUGGCUCUUAUAUUCCUCAAGGCCGGUCUCUGGCUCUUAUAUUCCUCACAGCCGGUCUCUGGCUCUUAUAUUCCUCACAGCCGGUCUCUGGCUCUUAUAUUCCUCCGGCUGCGCGGCGAGGAAAUCAAUAUCGGCUCUGAUGGUCUGGAUAUGAUGAUGAAGAUGAUGAAGAUGUUUGCCAGUAGAGACCUUCGUGACCUUCAUCAUCUGGAAGAGGAAGUGCAGAGACUUCAGGAAGUCCAGGAGAGAUCAGCCAAUCACAUCGCUCUGCUGCAGGAAGUCCAGGAGAGAUCAGCCAAUCACAUCGCUCGGCUUCAACAGCAGCUGGCCAAUAAAACACAGGAGAUGGAGAGACUUCAGGCCGAGUUGCAGGAUUAUGAGAAGAUCAAAACUGAGCUCAGGACUCUACGAGCGCUGACACACACUGCGCUGACACACACUGCGCUGACACACACUGGUGAUGAGGUGUUCGCCCCUCCAUCAGACUCGGCUGAUCCUGUGAUCCCGAGCGAGUCUCAUCACGUCUGUGGAAAAGAGGAGCCGUUGAGUGAACUUCCAGUGGACAACAUGCGCUCUUCAUCCUCAUCCUCAUCCUCAGUGAGCCUCCACAUGUGUGUUAAAGAAGAGGACACCUGUGAGGAAGAGGAGUGUGACACGACUGGACUCACGCUCCAGGUGAAGGAGGCGCUCCAGAAGCACAGCAUCGGCCAGCGCGUGUUCGGCCACUGUGUGCUGGGUCUCUCUCAGGGAACCGUGAGUGAUAUUCUGGCCCGACCCAAGCCCUGGAGGACCCUGACCCGGCGAGGACGAGAGCCCUUCCUGAGGAUGCAGAGCUUCCUGUCGGACCAGAGCCGCGUGCGAGCGCUCGCCGUCACCCAGGAGAGACUGAGAGGCAUCGUCCCGUGGGUUCGUCCUCCAGAGAUGACCUCAGAUCAGGUGAUCAGGAACAUUCUGGAUCAGAACCGUUCGGAGCUGAUGGAUGUGGACAGCGGGUCUCAGCGUGGAUCAGAGGACGUCAUCAGAAACAUCCUUCAUCAGGCCAAACACGAGAUGCACGUGACGAGCGAGACCCCGGAAGAGGUGCAUUAUGGGAAACCGAGUCCCAGUGAUCAGUCGCCGGCUGAUUUUGUCCAAAGCAUCAUCCGAAAGGUCAAAUGUGAGAUGAAUGAAGACACUCCCCCUUCAGCGUCUCCAGCUCCUCUGUCCAUCCUCACACACUCGUUCCCGCCGGAGCCGGAGCCGAGGACGCAGGUGUGUGUCCAGCAGGUGUGUGUGGGGAGCUGUGAGGAUGAGAUGCUUGAGUCGCUGCAUCUGGACACCGUCAGCAUCACACAGAGAGUCAAAGAAGCGCUCGUGCUCAACAGCAUCGGUCAGCGUGUGUUUGGCGAAGAGGUUCUGGGUUUGACUCAAAGCUCGGUGUCUGAACUGCUGUCUCGCCCCAAACCCUGGACUAAACUCAGUCUGAAAGGAAAGGAGAACUUCAUCCGGAUGCAUCGGUGGCUCCAAGACCCGCACAACGUCCAGAGACUGACCAAGACGGACCAGAGAGCUCGCCUCAAACGUGACUCGCAGCGGCCGUCCGACGCACCGGGACACGGGUUCUGUCCCUCUGACGGUUCGGGAGCGUGUGAGGCGAUCAAAAGGCCUCGUGUGGUUCUGAGCGCUCGUGAGAAGGACUCGCUGCGAGCGGCGUAUCAGCUGGAGCCGUACCCGUCUCAACACACCAUCGAGAGACUGGCGGCACAGCUAGCGCUUCAAACUAGCACUGUCAGUAACUGGUUCUACAACUACAGGUCCAGAAUUAGGCGAGAUGGUUUACCCGAACCAGUACAAACCAGAACAGUUCAAAGUCCAGCCAGUUCAAGUCCAGUUUCAAGCGGUUUACUCUCAAUCAAACAAGAAGCCUGUGAUCCUGAGAUGGAGGACACACACCAACACACUUGUGUUUCUGUGGCCGUACAGUCCGUCACUAAAGCUGAAGAUCUGGAAGAGCUCGUGUAAUGAACGAGCAAACGAAUUGUUGACAUGAUUUUAGUAUGUUUAUCUUUUUUAUUUCAUUCAUACAGAAAAAGUGAAUCCUGAUUGGACAAAUGUCUUUUUUUUUAUUAUGGCUGAAUUGUUUGUUUGAUAAAUUCUCAUGUCUGUUCACUUUGACGGUUCGAGGACUAAAGAAUGUGAAAGUGAAUAAAAGUCCCUUUUGGUGACUGGAAUAAUCUGAUUCUUAUUUUUACUUUCAUUUGUAUUUGUUUUGUUCCAAUUGUGAUGCUGAUAAAAGCCUUUAAAUGAAUAAAU